GGAGUAGAUAACUACCAUGAAAUAAAAAUGAAUAUUUAAAACGCCUUAAAUUUAAUUUUUAUUGUAGUUAUACUCUCUUAGUUCUUUUUAACAGAUUAAAUUUUUAGUUGUUAUUUUUCAAUACUAUUAAAUUUUUAUUAUAAUUUCUAAAAAUAAUGUUAGGGGAAUCUAAUGAGUUUACAGAAAUUCUAAAAACCGGGUUUCCUAUGUACUUGUUAAUUACCAUACCCCUAUUAUUAAUUUUGAGCCCUGUUUGCCCUGCAAAUGCUGCUCAUGAGUUUACCGUUUAUCGUGCUCAACAGUAUAGUUUGCAGAGUGCCUCUUUUGGGUCAAAAAACAGUAUUAUUAAUUUAGAAGCUAGGUCUUUAAAAACAUGGAGCAACCGUUCCAGACAUUGUGUGUUUGUUUUAAUGGACAAUUUUACAUCUGAAGAUUAUGAACAAAUAGCUGCUGGUACUGGUGCUCUAGUUUUAAUUGUUCCCUCAAGACCGUAUACUACAGAGCAGCAACAAAAAAUAUUGGAAAUAGAACAAAAAGUUCUUUCAUCAGAUACUUCAAUUCCUGUAUAUGUAAUGAGCUGGUCUGUUGACGUUGAAAAAUUUAUGAAUGAUCUAGCUGAUAGUAAAUUGAUUGAUGAAAAUGCUAGUUCAGCUACCAAAGCCUUCAUUAAUUCUGUGUCUGCAAAUGGAUAUCAAAUAGUAGUAUCAUCUAGUAAGCCAGUUUUACAACAGGAUAUUUCAGUAUCUACGAUUCAGGGUCAAUUGAUAGGAUAUGGUUUCCAAGAUAAAUUACCUAGUAUUUUAAUCGUUGCUCAUUAUGACAGCUUUGGAUUGGCACCAGAGUUGUCUUUUGGUGCUGAUAGUAAUGGCUCUGGAGCUGCCAUUCUUUUAAUUUUAACAAAAGUAUUAAGCAGGGUUUAUUCUGAAAAGAAUAGACCCAAGUACAAUGUGAUGUUUGUAUUAAGCGGUGGUGGCAAACUCAAUUACUUAGGAUCUAAAUAUUGGAUAGAACAACAAAUGGAAAAAUCAAAUACACUACAAGAUAUAUCAUUUGCUUUGUGCCUUGACUCAUUAGGUAGUGAUAAGGCUUUUUUCGCACAUGUGUCUAAACCACCAAAAGAUGAUAGUAAAAUGGGAACUUUUAUUAAUGAACUCAAUAAUAAUUUAAGAGAAAACGGACUGAAAAUUAUUCAUAAAAAAAUUAAUUUAGGUAGUGAUAUUUUGGCUUGGGAACAUGAAAGAUAUAGUAUACGAAGAUUACCAGCAUUUACUCUAUCCAGUUUAAAAAGCCAUAAAAACAAUUUAAGAUGUUCCAUUUUAGAUACUAGUGAUAUAUUAGAUCCAAAAAUUGUUUACCACAAUGCUCAAAUUAUAGCUAAAUCUUUGGUUUCAUUUUUGUAUGAUUUUAACACAUCUGAAAUUCCAAAAAUUAAUAUAGAUUUUGAAACUGUAAAAUCAGCUCUAGAUAUGUUAGUAUUACAGCCAAGAUCUACUCAAAUUAUAGGGCAGAAAUCAAGUUCUCUAGUUGAUAGUUUGUUUAAAAUGAUGAGUAAAUAUUUAAAAGAUGUUAAAAUAUCUCAUGUGACUGCUGAUAAAGUUGAUCCACAGUUUUCAUUCUAUACAGUUACCAAAGCUACUUUACAAGUUUAUAGUGUGAAACCGGCUGUGUUUGAUCUCAUACUCACUUUAGCAAUUGUAGUGUACUUGACUUUAGUCUACUUCUUCAUUCAAUUGAUGCCUACAAUUUAUGAGUUAUAUGCUAGUACUGUAAAAAUCGAAUCUGCUGUUGUUGUCUCAAAGAAAUCGGGAAGGAAAGAAAAAAAUAAAUAGUUUCAGAACAAUGUUUUGAGAAAAACAAUUCUAUUAUUUAUUAUUAUUGUUUGAUGUUGCUCAAAAACAUAAGCAUUUAGUUAUUAUCAAAUUUAGAGUGUUAUAAUUAUUUAUAUGGUUUUCAUACAAAAUUCAUCUUUACAAUGAUUUUGAUUUGUAAAUUAAGAACAAUGUAGUAUUCAAUAUAUAAAGAUAUUUUUACAUGUA